UUCGCGCACAAGCGUUGAAGCAGCCAUGUUUAGUAGACGAAGAAGACGCUCAGCCUGACUUCAGGAGAAAGUACUGACAGAUAAUGUACCAACUUUUGUAAAUAUAAACAAAAAUACGCGUUGUGUAAAGCAGCGAUUUUAUUUCAGAAGGCUGUGUGUUGUUUACGUUUAAAUCAGAUCGCUGGAGGGUGAAUUAAAGUCGCCAUUUUGCCGGUUUUCUCCUCGGGUUAGCAUUGUGGCUAACAGGUGAAGCUAGCUGUGCGGGAGUUGGGACCACGCUCCCCUGCAGCUGACUACCCACACCGGUCCGGCGUGGUUUAAUGUUGACGUGACCGGUGUAAUUUAAUGUCAGUGUAGUUUAGUCCUGCUGCCAUCUUCCUGUCGCCGGGGACUUCAUGUUUAACCACCUCUCCGCAGCUCUCACAUUGCUCCCCCGCCGCUUGCUCACCGCCUCAGCAAGGACUCUGACCGGAGCCUGCCGCCUCCUCGGCAGGAUGGAGCCGGCUGUGGUGAGGUGUCUCCCCGGGGAGCCCAAACUCACCAUCUCCUUCUGUCUGGACGGCAUCAACAAACAAAUGCUGAGGGACCAGGACGAGGCGCUGGGCAAAGUCCUGGCCCGGAUCUCCAACGGCAUCGCCAAGAGCCAAGGGAAGGCGAAGAAGUCGAAGAAGAAGAAGGGACAGCAGCCGUGCGAGACCCCGGAGCCCACCGUGGUGAGGCUGUGCUAUGAUGGGGAAGAGGUGCUGGACACGGUGCUGAACUCGGAGGCGUGGCAGGACGGAGCCGUGCUGCACGUGGGAGAUGUCAAAUACUCGGUGCGGAGGAACGCUCCCACUUUCACCAGUGCUCAGCUCCCAGUGUCUCUGCUGGCAGGAUUCCCAGUCUGUCCCAAUCUGGAGAUAGAGUUUGGGAACCUCCAGGACUGCGAGUACACGUGGUAUAAAGAAAGUACCCCAAACACAAGCUCUGAAGCUGCUGGAGAAGUUCCAGAUCAGGACGGCAGUUGGACUGAGGUAGGAUGUGGAAGAGUCCACAUCCCGUCCAAUCAGGACAUCGGCUGCAGGCUCAAACUGCGCUGUACACCCAAGGAUGGAGAACGCAGUGGUCUCGCCAAGGAGCUGGUCUCUGUGGGAACUGUGGAGGCAGGACCAGGCGUGUGCACGUUCGACAACCGACACGCGUACACAGUGAAAGAGGCGGAGUGGCCGGCUGUGAGGGUGGUGUCGUACAACAUCCUCGCUGAUAUCUACGCCCAGACAGAACUGUCCAAGACGGUGCUUUACCCAUACUGCCCCCAGUACGCCCUGCAGCUGGAUUACAGACAGAACCUGAUCAAGAAGGAGCUGGCCGGAUACAACGCUGACAUCAUCUGUCUGCAGGAGGUCGACAAAGGGGUGUUUGUGGACAGUCUGACUCCAGCUCUGGAUGCCUUCGGUCUGGAUGGUGUUUUCAGGAUCAAGGAGAAGCAGCAUGAAGGGCUGGCCACUUUCUACCGCAGGUCAAAGUUUCAGCUGCUGAGCUCCCAUGACAUCGUGCUGAGUGAGGCAUUGACCUCUGACCCCAUUCAUUCUACGCUGCUGGAGAGAGUUUCUGCUAACAGUGCCCUAAUGGACUUAAUAGUGAAGAGGUCCACCGCCCUGCAGGUCAGUGUGCUCGAGGACCUGAAUAAACCAGGCAGGAAGGUCUGUGUGGCCAACACUCACCUAUACUGGCACCCGAAAGGAGGGAACAUUCGCUUGGUCCACAUGGGCGUGGCUCUGCAACACCUGAGUCAUGUGAUCAGCGAAGUCGCACCUGGAGCCCCUCUGGUCUUUUGUGGGGACUUCAACUCCACCCCUAACUCAGGUGUGUUCCAGCUGCUCAGUGAGGCGGUGGUUCCUCUGCAGCAUGCAGACUGGAGCAGCUCAGGGCCGGAGGAAUCCUGCAGCAUGGAGCUGCUCUCUGCCUUCCCCCCUCUGCUGAGCGCCUGCAGCCAGCCGGCUUACACAAACUACGUGGGAGGAUUUCACGGCUGUCUGGACUACAUCUUCAUACAGCCUGACAGCAUGCAGGUGGAGCAGGUGAUUCCUCUGCCCAGCCACCAGGAGGUCACCACCUACGAGGCUCUGCCCAGCGUGGCUCAUCCCUCUGACCACAUCGCCCUGAUCUGUGAUGUGCGCUGGAACCUCUGACCUCAGACCAAAAGACACUAAAGAACCAGGCUGUCAUUUUCUCCUUCAAAUACAUUUAAAUGUUAGAUUUCUUUAUACUUGAAUGAAAUCCGAGCAUGGAAACGUGUUCCUGCAGGUUUACUGGAUAUAUUUACUGAAAGACUGUUUUAAAUCACUAAAUUAAAUGCUGUGUGCAGUU